AAAUAUGAUAAAGGAGCUCAGUCUCUCUUCACCAGUGUGUAUCCCUAGCAGUGUGGAGAGGGUACAUCUAGGUGUGUUAUGCAUGGCAAGACAAUUUACAAGAAAUAAAACAAAUUAAAAACAGAACAGCCAAAGAUAAACUAAAUUAAAUUUGAUUCAGCCUAAUUCAAUGCUACUUGCUGCAAUUGCAAGCAGCAGCUUGCCAACCAUCAACAUAGCCUAUAUAAUGGGAGACAUGGAAAAACACUGUUUAUCACAAAAAAAAUAUGCUUAAAAUAAAUAAAAUAAGAAGAAUAUAAAUAGAAGGGGAAAUGACCUAUGAGGCAUUGAGGAAAUUAAUAGCAGAAGGUAUAAAAGACUUGAUUAUUUUUACAGGCCGGCAGAGAACAGUGACAUCCUGGGGGCAGCCAUGAGAAUCCACCUGCUAAAACUGGUUCAGAUAGGUUCAAUAUGCUCAUUGAUUUCCUCAUGAUUCAUUACUCACAAAGAAGAAAAGUUCCCUCUGUUUGACUUGAAUAUUAAACCGAUUUUAACACGUUCAGGCUGGUUAUUUCUUUCAGCACCAGCCUGUGGAACUAAACUGUAAUAAAAUGUUAAAAGCAUUUAAAAUAAUAAUACAAAUUUACAGGCUUUUUUGGUGCCUAGUCAAAAUGUUAUGAGGGUGGAGUUGUGUUUGGGGAUUGGGGACUGCAGACUUGCAUAUUCGGAAAUCCUGACUACAGCCCUGACUGUAAACCCACCACAGCUAUUAUGAAAAACUGAAUAAUUAUUUGUCCUAUUCGUGUGGGCCUUUCCCUUAAAGGCGCCAUCAAACACUAAAAAUGUUUUGUUUGUCAUUUCUUUCCGCUGAAUGACGCCACCGAGCUUAAAUUGAUGGCCCCAGGUCUGUAGGAGUUGGGAAAUACGAGGUUGACCUGAAGGCGGCACCAACCCACAUAACAGCGCUCCUGUUCAGCAUCAGGAACAGAGGGCCAGCCCGCAGAGCUCCUCCGGAGGCGGAUAAUCCUCAUCUCAACACGGAGUCAACCUAAUACAAUCAGGAAGGAAUUGCCAGAACUCACCCCGAGGAAAACACGUUUUGGACACAGAUGCAAGUCACGACAAAAAAGUCCAUCUUUAGGAAAAGCCUGGACGAGUAGAGAUGGAUAUUUGCAGCUCAUAUUUUCUUUAUUGUGUAAACAGCAAAGUCUGACAUUGAUAAGCCGAUCCUCUAUAAUGUGACAGCUGUCGUCGCAUUUCAGCUUGUUUGGAGAAACUACUACACAUCCUGCUUUUAUUUUUCUUUCUUAUUUCAUCACCAUGGUGACGUACAAUCUAGCUUUAACUUUUAUUAUUGCAUUGGCACUUUGGGAGGUCAGCGGCGUGCCAAAAACUCUUUCCUCACCCGCGAUGCAGUUAAAUUCAACAUCAUCGUCCAUCAUCAGCGGAGAUCAAUUGACCAAUAAUGUCACUGAUGCCGCCGUGGGAUCCCGGAUUUCAUCUAUAAUGACGCAUCUCCCAACUCUGAAAAACAUUGUCAUUUUCAUCUGCGUGCUAACAGCUGCUCUCAUCACAUGCCUGGUCAUCAAAGUGAUCAGAUCUGGCCGACGAAUCAGGAAAACACGGAAAUAUGACAUUAUCACGACACCUGCAGAGCGUGUGGAGAUGGCCCCUCUUAAUGAGGAGAAUGAAGACGAGGACGACUCAACUCUGUUCGAUGUCAAAUACAGGUGAAUCCCAGCAUGGACAACAAUAUUUGGUAACUCCUGUUUUCCCUGGAACAACUCAAGUUUCUUCUACUUUUUUUGUGUUACCAAGUCUUACCAACUGCGUGUGCAUGGCUUUUUAUCUGUGUUUAAAUGAAGGAGCCGCAUUGAUAUCAUUUUUCGCUGCUUUACUGAUGCUUUUAUCAUGUGGCUCACCUCUUUCUAAUGUUAAAGACCAGGAUGCUUCAAGUCGUGACUUUCCCUUAAAAGUCAUUCAGUAAACAGGCUGUUGGCAGCUUGGAGUUUAAUCAUCUCCAUAACAAACCACUACAUUAUAAUAAUAUUUUAUCUUUUACUUUACUGUAUAUUUUAUUGUUAAACUUGAGCUACAGUAUACAGUCUGCGGGCUGAGGAGUUUAUAUGUUCCAAGCUAUGAUCUACACAUAUUAUAAUACAGGGUUAAUCCCAUCUGAGUGAUAUAUAUUCUUUAAAUAAAUAUUCGGUGGUCACUAAAAGCCAUUGAUUGAUGCAUAAAGCGUUCUCGUGCAAAGAAUAUUCAGAUAAACAAUUUGCACACUAUGAAGAAUAGUUAUCUGGUGAAUUACAGUAAUUGCUAUUUUUAAACUUAACUUUCAUACCAAAUGUUAUCUCUAACUACUAACCACUUUAUUGUGCAUAUAUACUGUCUAAGGCUUUUUGUCCUUAUGUAUGGAGUAAGCGUAUAUUUUUUUACUGUGUGUGGUGUUUGAGACGUUCCUAUUUUGCUGCUAUCUCAGCUGUAGUUUAAAGAUUUGAUUACAAGCUCAAAUAAUAUUGUCAUGAGGUAUUUAUGGGAUACAUCCAUUUGCUACGAAUGUGAAAGCUGUAACCUGUUGUUUAGGCGUGCUUUUGGUUUGACAGCUUAAUUUAAGACAGUAUCAACAAAAGUUUUAAAAGCUGCAGUGAUGUUCAGUAUUCAAUCAUAAAAUUUGGCACACCUUCCUUUUCUCUUGAAUCAGAAAGUGAGUCAAAUUAUUUGACUGGUACUGUAGUUACUUAAAAUGUACAUGCACCCAGUGUCUUAUCUUCUAAAUGCAAACAAUACGUAAUUACUACAAUAUCUAAUCACCAACUGAAAUUAUCCGUAAAGUUAGGUAGUGGGUGAACAGCUAGUUCAGUAUUACGUCAAGUCUCUCUUAAUGGCUUACUGACAUUUGUAAUGUCUAACUUGAGAAGGUCAGCAUGUGUUUUUCCUGAAGUAAUAACAAACUAUAGCCCUGUUUCCUUCAGCAAAGGCAACAUUGGCUUUUACACUUUUUAAAGACACUAGCAUUGACUGUUGAUGAUAAUAUUUUUCUGAUCCUGAGAAAGUCAAUUUAUUUGGCCCAUUAGAUGAGCAUUAAAGGAAAAGGUUGGCAUUUUGUGGAAUAAACUUUUGCCAAGAGUUAAAUGAGAAGAUCUAUGUAAUUCUCAUGUAUGUCAGUUUUAUAUGAACCUGGAGCCAAGAGAUAGUUCGCUUAGUUUAGAAUAGAGGCUGAGAACAGGUGAAUACAGCUAGCCUGGUCAGUGUCCAAAGAUUCUAAAAUCAACGUAGCAUCAUUUAUAAAGAUAAUUAAUCAACACAAUAUAUAUUGUUUGCUUAAUUCGUAAAAAUGACAAUGGGGUUCAUGUGCCAGGUUCUUUCUAAGAAAAGUGACCUCCUGGAAUCAAUCAUGUGUCCUCCCAGCCAAGACAUAAUCUGGAACGUAACAGAUGUUCUUACCUUCAGAAAGAGCCAGAUUUGCUGUUAAGAUAAGCUAAGUUGGUACUAGUCAUGGCUACAUAUUCAAUUCAGAUACAAAGAUACACAAUAAUCAACCAUCACUCUGAUUCAAAGUAAAUGUAAGCAAGAGAAAAAGGAGUUCACAAACCUUUCUAGUCUCUGCCUGCACCUUAAAUGUGAUUACAUUAUAUUAACAGCAAAGAGUCCAGCUAGAUUAGGUUUCUGCAGCAAAUGUGAGUGUGGGUGUUGUAGGUGACCUUCUGUUUUAAUCCAAACUGUUAUUUGAUAGUGGACCAUAGCCUGCAGGUGCAGGCUGUUUCUCACUGACCUCCAUCUGUAGUGACAAGAAAAAAGAAAAUAAACUGCACUGGCCAAUCUUGUGCAACCUAUUCAGCAUUGUAUUUCCAGGAUAAUAGUAUAUUUCCCUGUAUUUCAAACAAUGUUGUUGAUAUUUUGUAGAAGACUGGAUGUUUUUACUGUCACUGCUUAAUAUACAAGCAGGAGUUCGGGAGUGUGUGUGAAUGACCAGGUUUUUGAAUAAUACAUUGAAUCAUAUGUGAAUCAAACUUUCCAACCAUAUUUUUGAUAUCAUGUAUCGUAAUUCUGGUAUUCAGUGUGUUUUCCAUGAUAUGAAUAGUCUAUAUGAUUACUGUUUAUUACAGUAUUGUGUCCUUUUUGAGUUUAGUCUUUCACUGUACGUGCAGAAAACUGCAGAUCCUUUUUAUGCUUCUGCUAAGUUGGUCUCAGGCAAGUGUGUCAUCCUUGUACAGUUUUUCUCUUGCAUCUUGGUCUCUUAUUUUAUAUUUAGUUGUCUGUGAAAUUGUGGAAAAACCCUGUUCAUCUAAUGACUCUAAUUCUGGACAUUUAUUUGAACUGAACCAUCUGUUACAUCUAGUUCCUCUUGUAAAAUGAAUCAAAGUCAUUGUGGUAGCUAUUUGAAGAGUCAAGCUAAUUUCCCUGAUGCCACAUUUAAAUCAAAAAAGUCAAAUGUUCCAAUUGUUUUGGAAGUUUAUUGAAAACAAGUCUCUGCUUGGUUUGUGAUACAGAGAUGUUGCGUGUACCCACAGAUGUUUCCUCAGUUUCCAUGUCUUUGAAACACUACUGAAAUAAAACUGCUUCCUUUGAAGUAUAAAUUGUUUU